CCAACUGCAACCGCGUCUAGUCCAAUCUUCCAACAUCUACCAACAUGGCCGCACGUUUUUUGUUAGCUCUUGUUUGCGUCGCCGAGCUUGCUUCGAUGAUCGCAGCGGACGGCCACGGUGGUGGUCACAAGAAGGUGGUGAUUCACGUGCCGUUGUUUGUGAAGCAUCAUCACCACAAGCACACCAUCGUUAAGCACGUUCACCACAAGAGCGGUGGUGGCGGUGGUGAUGAUCAUUACGAGGUGCUAGGGUACACGUAUGGUGAACCUAAAGCUGCGCCACAUUUCGGUGGUGGUCACGGUUGGGGUGCUGCAGACGAGGGUCACGGGCACGAGGAUUCUCCGGUCAGCUUCGAUGGCGGGGAGCACGGCAGCUACGGACUUUCAGACGGCGAUUCAGGCCACGGAUAUUAACUUAUAAAAUACUUAAUAUCCAAACACAAAUAGUAUUAAACUUUGGAUAUAUUUCAUUAUACUAUCGUCUUCUAGA